AAUUAUUAAUACUAUUUAAAAUGGGAAAUCGACGUAUUGCUCAAUUCGUUUUGUUUCAUAUUUCAGGACCAAACAUAAUAAAAAACCAUGGCUGAUGUCGAAGUUGAAGUGCCAGUGAACCCAGUCCUCAGUGGGGGUGCUAUGGAUGUAAACACAGCCCUUCAAGAAGUUCUGAAGACAGCCCUCAUCCACGGAGGUCUUGUACAUGGUCUUCAUGAGGCUGCUAAAGCCCUCGACAAGAGGCAAGCUGUCCUUUGCGUGUUGGCUGAGAACUGUGAUGAGGCGGCAUACAAGAAGCUUGUUCAAGCCCUCUGCAAUGAGCACCAGAUCCCACUUGUCAAGGUUGACAACAACAAAAAGCUUGGUGAAUGGGCUGGUUUAUGCAAAAUUGACAAGGACGGCAAAGCAAGGAAGAUUGUUGGCUGCUCAUGUGUUGUCAUCAAAGAUUUUGGUGAGGAGACCCCAGCGCUGGAUGUGCUUAAAGACUACCUCAAGUCUUCAAGCUAAUCUUUAGGUGUUACGGUAUCUUAAUAAAAAACCAAAAAAAUAUU